AUGGAUCUGGAGAGCAUUGAGGCCUUAAAUGAAGUGCAUGCGUCGGUGUACAGAUCUGCUCUCAAACUGCAGUCUAUCCAGAGACUCACGCAGCUACAUGUGGUGCUGGUUCGUCACAUCGUCGCCGCCCUGCGCUCGGUGGACGGAGCCAGAGACUUGGACAGGCAGGAAGUAGUUCAGCUCCUCAACAGGAUGUACGUCAACGUGUCUCAAGAGAUUCCCGGUCACGUGACUCUCGAGGCACCCGACGAAACCAGCAGCGCGAUUUUUACCGUUUUUGACAAGGGCGGAAGUGUUGACGUGGAUUCUUUGCAGACUUUUCUUGUUGCGUUAUGUGCCGAUUCACUGGCGGAGAAGUAUUUAGCGUUGGUGUCGUUAGCUGCCUCCGGGACGUCCCCAAUUCCCGGGUCCGUCAACCGAGCUUCUCUUCGGACUUUGCUUCACAACCUCAGUAUGAUUCCCAAACUGGUGCACGAGGAGGCUGUUUUCGGAUCGGUCGAGGUAGCAGUUAAGUCCUGUUUUAAAAGCGUUCUUUCGCCGUCCGUCUCUCGCGAUCAUGUAGUGUCAUGGCUUCAAAGCGAACCCCGUCUGCUGAUUUGGUUGCCUACGAUGUAUCGGCUCAGUGUCAGUCAAAAUGUCUCCCAUAACGUUCGUUGCCACUGCUGCAAAUCUCGUCCCUUCAGCGGACUACGGUUCAGGUGCGAGAAAUGCGUCAAUGUGCAUCUUUGUCAGACAUGUUUCUUCACGAAUCGCCGGACCAGGAAGCACAAGCAACACCAUCCGAUGAUUGAGUUCUGCACCCCACCCAAUUUUAAAGAAUCAAUGUCGUCGUUGGUUCAGAAUGCCCGCCAUGCCCUGAGAUUAAAACAAAACCGAAGGCAAAGACAAGUGCCAAUGGAGCCUCCACAGAAGCCUCAAUCGCCAAUAGAGGAACGCUUGGAUUUGUCUCGCAAUGCCCCAUCGCCAUCCUCUGACCAAUCACCAUCUCCGGAGAGGUCGGACUCUGCCCAGCAAACGGACUGGGACAUCGACCAAUCAGAAAGAGAGGCCCUUAAAGAGGAACUGCGAACUUUGCAACAAGACAAGUGUGUACUGGAGGAGCAGCUUGAGACGUUGAGGCAAACCGUCCAAUCCGAGCACAGCGUUUUGGAAGACAAGUAUUCCCAGGUGGAGGUGACGGUAGAAACCCUGAAACGCCAUCACUCAAUGUUGGAGACCUUUGUGACGCAAGCCUUGGAGAAAAUAGAAAUCCAACACAACAACGACACAACAGAAGACGAAUUAGAAGACGAGGAGGACGAAAAUGAGGAGACAGAGGAUGAUGAAGAGCUUAAACUUCUGGACGGUGAUGAAGAUGAAUUGACUCCGCCUCCAACUGUUCUCUGUGGCUCCCCGCUGUCUCAUAACCUGUACAUGGAGGAGGCGGGACCAGAACAAUGCUUGAGUCCGCCACCUUUACAGCAACACCAACCACAGCAGAAGCAGCAAGAAGAAGAAGAAGAAGAAGAAGAGGAUUGUGGGUCUUGUAGUUCAAGUCCAGAGGAGAGGCUAAUGGAUGCAGUGCAGAGACUAAAGCUAGGUUUGGAAAGAGACACUUGGGCCAGGACCGAACACAACACUGAUAAGAACUGGGAGGAGCUACUGCUAUCGGCUGACGAAGUAGGAGACGAGAUCCAUCAGUUGGUGGAAUCUCUCGUAUAG